AUGGAUGCAACUUUAGCAAUUACGGGCGAUGUGGAUAAAACACAGAUACCGCCGCUGAAUCAGAAGCGCAUCCUGGCCUUUGUCAACCACUUCCUCGUCAGCACUUGCACCUUCCUCAAUGAGUUUGCCCUGGGCUGUGAGACAAAGUUUGUGGAGAUGGAGCGGCAACUGCAAAAGACAGAGGCCGCCCUCAUCAUCCUGGAGGCGAAGCUGGCGUCCAUACCCACCGAGCACCAUGUAGCGGAUGAGGCGCCUAGUAUUUCAGCGCCGGCAGAGGAACCCAAAGAAUCAGCUUCUGUAAUGGAUUCUAAACUGCCACCCACGGAGAGCCAACCAGAACAGGAAUCCCUGCCUGAAUCCGACGGAGUGCGUGCUUGCGAGGAUCUGCGCUACAGGAAGUUCUUUAAAAUGGUUCAAGUGGGAGUACCAGCGCCGGCGGUUAAACAGAAAAUGCAGGCGGAAGGCCUGGAGCCACGUAUUCUAGACACUCCCAAUCUGAUCCUGGCUGAUGGAAUGCGUGAGUGAGCGGCUGGCUGAGGACUAAACCCACCUUGUGAUAUAGCUAUUAAAGCUACACUUUUCAAUUAAACAUUUUGUAAAGCUUACGUCUACAA